AUGCCAUCGGCGAAAGAACCAUCAGGUUCAUGUGGUAACCCUGGUGGUGCGAGCGCAUCCCGUUCUCACUCCCAGCUGGAUACCGUGGAGAGCUCAUUACCUCCAGGCGAUACUCGCGUCACAAAUGAUGGCCGCGUCAACAUUGACCUCAAAUCCCAGCUCGCUAAGACGCUCAUAAAGCUUGUUCCUGAGACGAGCGAAAACUCCUUCCAGCGCAGUCGCUGCCUUACUGUACACCGAGGCUGGAACAUACGCAUGAACAUUGUUAUACAGGUUGUGGGUAGUCGUGGUGACGUACAGCCCUUCGUCGCGCUGGGUCAAGAACUACAGAAACACGGUCACCGCGUCCGACUAGCAACUCAUAAUGCUUUCGAGGAAUUCGUUAAGAAGUCAAAAUUGGAGUUCUACCCAAUAGGAGGGGACCCAAACGAGCUCAUGGCUUACAUGGUGAAGAAUCCUGGUUUGAUCCCGUCCAUGAAGAGUCUACGAGAUGGAGACGUGAGGAAAAAGCGCAAGAUGAUCGAAGAGAUUCUUGACGGAUGCUGGAAAUCAUGCGUUGAUGCGGAUCGCGAUCUACAAGAGCCAUUCGUUGCCGAUGCCAUAAUCGCGAACCCGCCCAGUUUUGCCCACGUGCACUGCGCACAAACCCUCGGAGUCCCGCUUCACCUGAUGUUCACCAUGCCAUGGACGAGCACGAGGGCAUUCCCGCACCCUUUGGCGAAUUUCAAAGUCGGAGAGAUUGAUCCGGCGCUCAUAAACUACGCAUCGUACGGUGUCGUGGAGUUCCUUACGUGGCAAGGUUUGGGGGACAUGAUCAACGCGUUCAGAGCUACGUUAGGACUGCAACCUGUGCCUACAACUGUCGGGGUCACGCUGGCGGAGGCACUGGAAGUACCGUUCACAUACUGUUGGUCUCCAGCACUAGUUCCCAAGCCUGCGGAUUGGCCUUCACACAUCGAUGUGUGCGGCUUCUUCUUUCGCGACCCACCGCCAUACGAGCCCCCAGCAGCGAUCCUCAAGUUCCUCCAGGCCGGUCCGCUUCCCGUCUAUAUAGGCUUCGGCAGUAUCGUCCUUGAAGAUCCGGUGAAGAUGACCUCCUUGAUUUUAGGAGCUGUGCAGCUGUGUGGCGUUCGCGCUGUUGUUUCAAGAGGUUGGAGCAAUCUAGGAAAAGGGAUGCCCGACCAAGUUGGCGACGUUCUCUUCGUCGGCGACUGUGAUCACGAGUGGCUGUUCCAGCACGUCGCGGCAGUAAUUCAUCAUGGCGGUGCGGGCACGGCCGCUUGUGGGCUGAAGAAUGCAUGUCCUACUCUGGUAGUACCUUUUUUUGGCGACCAGCCAUUCUGGGGUGAUAUGAUCGCCCAAGCUGGUGCUGGACCGAGACCGAUUCGGCAUAAACUGCUUUCGGCCGAGAACCUAGCACAUGCAAUCCGGUUCCUGCUGACACCUGAGGCAAAGUCUGCAGCUCGAGAUCUCUCUAGAAAGAUGGCUCACGAACAAGGUGUCAAAGCAGCUGUACUCUCUUUCCACGCCAACUUGCCAUACAAGGCCAUGGCCUGCAACAUUAUGCAUGACCUGCCAGCUGCAUGGAGCUACAAGAAGACUCCCAUACGGCUAUCGAAACUCGUAGCGCAGAUCCUCAUCGACAAUGGUGUCACCUCACCAAACGACUUAACCAGUUACGAGACGCGGACGAUACGCAUCACCAACAAUCGCUGGGACCCGAUCACGGGUACAGGCUCAGCGGGGGUUUCUAUGGUAAAUAGCCUGCGCAGAGGCAUCACAGGCAUGGUUUACGAUCCGUUCAAAGAGCUGGAUCGGCCCAAGGCGGAGGGCACAAGCGAUGCAGUCCACAAUGCCGCAACUGCAGGUAAAAUGAUGGCAGCAAGCGCAAAAGGGUUCGGCAAGUUCAACGUGGCUCUCUUGAAAGGCUCCAUCGUGGACUUACCACUAGCAGUAGCUGAAGGGUUUCGCGCCGUGCCGAAGCUAUAUGGAGAGGAAGUUCAGGACUACGGUGACGCAACAAACAUCAAGACCGGCUUUUCCAAAGCCGGAAAGAACUUCGCGUUUGGCAUAUCCGGCGGUCUCUCAGAUCUUUUUGUACGACCUUAUGAAGACGCGAAGAAGCACGGCGCUUUGGGCUUUGCCAAAGGCCUCAGCAAGGGUGUGCUAGGCUUUGGUUCCAAGACGGCAUCUGCUGCUGUUGGGAUCCUUGCAUACCCAGGUGAAGGCAUCUGUAAGAGCAUUCAACACGCGGUGCACGCCGGCAAUAGCAGGGACAUCAAAGCGCUGAAGAUGAGUGAGGGUGCUUACCUGGCCCGCCAAUCUAAGCUAGACGAGGAGGUCAACGGCAUUGUCAAGGCGUUCCGACUCUUGAGGAAAGAGCAGGGCCAAGUUGGGAAAUUUUGA